AUGACACGCUCUUAUCCUGAGGAAUUUAUACAACAGAUCGUAAUUUGGCUACCUGUUAAGUCUAUGAUCAAAUGCACUUCAAUCUGCAAGACAUGGAGGUCCAUGAUCAUGAACAAAAGCUUCAUUCGCGCCCACAGCACAACAGUGGACUUUGCUAACCAGAAUGACGUUCACCUCCUCCUAUACUCCACAGAAUUUCUGGUAGCAGCAUUCACAAGGUAG